AUGGACGUCCUCUCGCUUCUGAAGGAGGAAGACGACAACCCGCGCGGACGCGGCGGCGCGACCGAGGCCUCUGGCCGGGUCCACCAGGGCGCCACUCUCGACGAGGCGGCCGCGGUCGAGGCUGCGCGGCAGGAGGCAAAGGAGCGCCGGAUACCGCUGCGCGAGCAGGAGGCGGGGAUCCUGCACCUGCUGCAGGCCAAGAGCCUCUUCGCGCGGCUGCGCCUGCCCGAGCCGCACUACGACGCGGACGGCAAGCUCCUCUGGACGCCUCCCGGCGACCUCGUCCUCCGGCGCGUGUACGACGACCUCUCGCGCUGCUGCGCGCCGGACGUGUCGCAGCACCCAAAGCGCGAGGAGGGCUUCGCCAAGCUGAGCGAGGCGUACGACACCAUCUCCAACAAGAACGGGAGGCGAGACUGUCUCUGCUCGUCGCCCGGGACGCGAGACACGUACGUCGCUGAGCGGGUGGCGGAGCUGCGCCGUCUCGAGCAGCUGCGCGAGCAGGCGAUGGCGCGGCAGGGCAGCUCGGCGCUCGCCCGCAGCCAAGCACUGCCCCUCAAGCCCUCCUCCUCCUCCUCCGCCUCCGCCUCCGCCCCCGCCUCCGCCGCCGCCUCCGCCUCCGCCUCCGCCUCCGCCUCCGCCUCCGCCUCCGCCAAGCGGCCGCGCGACUGGCUGCGAGGCGGAGGCCCCGCCGCAGACCCAGACGCCGUCGUCGAGACGCAAGCCGCGGUCUCGUCCAUCCGUUCAAAGCUGAGCGCGCCAAAGGCGGCGCGAGCGGAGCUUGGCGGCGCGGCGGCGCGAGGGCCGGCGGCGCCGCCGCGCGGGCAGGAGAAGCUUGGCGCGCUCUCUCUCGGCCGGAGGGGACGGGUACUUUCCAGGAAGCGUCCAGGGGCGUCUUCUGGACUCGCUGUAGGCACGCACUCGGCGGGACUGACGGCGGAGCGACUCAAGCGGUCGCAGGAGGAGCACCGCGCAAAGAUGGAGGCGGCGGGCAAGCCCGUCCCGCACUACCGCAAGUGA